AUGAGCGUAGCAUCGAAAGCAUCGAUGCCGGCGGUUUCAUUGGUUGCCGCGGCGCCAGCUGCCCACGAAGCUGCUCAGCAGACUACGGGUCCUCUCAAGGACACUGUCGCCCUCAAGCGCCUCGUGGAUAUGCUUUUGUUUGUCGGACCAAGCGGUUGUGGGAAGUCUACGGUGAUUCGCCGGCUGCAGCGCGACUGGCCCACGCUAUUUGAGUUCAGCGUGAGCCACACAACCCGCUGCCCGCGGCGCGGCGAGGUGCAUGGGCAGCACUACUACUUUGUCACCAGGGAGGAGUUCCAGCAGCUGGUCGACGCGGGUCACAUGAUUGAGUACUCGCGCCUCUACACCCCCGACACGUCGUCGUCGACGCCUCAGCUGAGCAAGCCAGUCGGCAACCUCUACGGGACCAGCAAGAAAGCCCUGCACACGGUGCUCGCACGCAAUCGCGUCGUCCUCAUGGACACGGAUCUGCUCGGCGCCAUCAACAUUCGGCGUUACUGCUCUCGUGAGGUGGUGAUCGCGAGGCCGGUGACCGUAGUGCGGCGCAGUACGGUGCAGCAGGACGGUGGUGCCGCUCCGGCCGCGCAGGCCCCGCUAACCCUCUCCACACCUCGGCAUGCGUCCGUCUCUCUGGAGAACGAGCACGCCGCGGUUCCCACGGCUUCAAAUUCAUCCAAGGAUGCGACAUUGCCGUCGUCCCCUUCCUAUACCGCACCCGUGGUCAAACGCACGCUGCGCUGCAUGAUCAUCUUCAUCGCGCCACCUAGCAUGCAGGUGUUGGAGCAGCGGCUGCGGGAACGCAAGACCGAAACAGAAGCUUCGAUCCAGCUACGCAUGAAGCUAAAUCAGCAGUGGAUGCAGUGGGCCAAGGAGAACCAGUCGUUCUUUGACCACUACAUCGUGAAUGACAGCCUUGAUCUCUGCUACGCCAAGGUAAAGGAGAUUGUGCGGGCAGAGGUGCUCAUGGUGGAGAGCACUCUGUGA